GCCUCUGCGACCGCGCACAAGGCCAGGCCGCCUCUGAGCCGUGCGGCGCCUGCUGGGUCGCCGCUCGACAGCACGUCCGGGGCGCUCGUGGCCGAGCCGUGGCCCCGGUCUGCCGACCAUCCUGCACCCGUGUCACGAGCCGCCCUCCUCUCAUGCUGUUCGUGCUCUGAGCAUCGCACGUCCCGUACCUCCCGCUCAGCAGGGCGCGCUCCCGGCUGGAGGCUUUGAGGCAUGGCCGACUCUCGAGCGCCAGAGCCGGGCACACCCUCGCCCGGCGACUCACGCAGCGGAGGCGGAGGGCAAUCGGCAGCCAGAGGGCCGCCACCGAAUGGCUAUGCGCCAGUGGAACAGCACGCUGCAUACCCAUCCGGGCCUGCAACCUACGGCUGGGGCAGCGAUCGUGGUCCGCCGGCCCAAACGCAGCGCGCGUGGCAGCAGCAGCAGCAGCACCAAGCGCCGUCAUCACAACCAGCGCCGCCGGGAGCCAACCCGCCGCACACGUAUGCUGGGCAGCCGUAUCAUCUCGUCGAGGUGCGCAGCGUGCCGUACUCCGCGCCGGGCGUGCCACUGGCUGCACCAAGCGUGCCGUACUAUGCGCCGUAUCCCGACAGCUCGGUUCCAACGACGUCUGCGCGCGGUCAGCAACGCAUGGACCAGGAGCGCAUGAUGAUGCAACAGCAGCAGCAGCAACAGCCGCAGCCGCACCCUCAGUCGCAGCAGUAUCCGCCGCAGCAGCUCCCGCGCGAGCAGCAGCAGCAGCAGGCGCAGCCUCGCAUGACGCAUCAGCAGCAGCCGCAUCCAAACCAGAUCUACCGGUCGCAAUCGCAGCACUCGCAUCCGGGCGCACCGCCGUCGCGGCAGGCGUCGUACGAUGCUGCCGGUGCCUAUCCCGUCACCUACUUUCCCUACGGCAGCCCGGGCGUGGCCGUCGAGACGCAGCCGUCGACGCCGCGCUCGAGUCAGGGGAGCAUCAGCAACGUGCACUCGCCGGCCUCGUCCAUGGGCGGCUCGUCGGCGCCGACCGAAUGGUCGGGCUACUAUCCAGCGUAUUCCGCUGCGCCGCAUGGCUACGCGCCUUACUUUCCUCCAUCAUCACCGGCGCCGACGUACGCCAUAGUCGCGCCGCCGCACAUGCAGCAGCAGCCAUACGCCCAGCACGGGCAAGCACCACAGGCAUACGCUGCAGCAGGCGCGCCGGCCACUCACGCCUGGGCGCCGGCGUACUACGUGGCGCAGCCCGGGCCGCCACCGCCAGCCGGAGCGCUGAUGCAGGCGGCGCCAAGUGGGCAGCAGAUGCCGGCGCGCGGCGGUUUCAGCGGCCCAGGCCGGGGCGCGCCAGCGCCUCGCGGACACCAGCAGUACGGGCCGCACAUGCCGACGGCACGUCCUGCUCCGGCAAUCCCGGGCGGCGUCAGUGGGAUGGCACAGCGCCCGCGGCCUGAUCUGGGCCGCUCGCAACCCAGCGCGAGUCGCUCAAGGACCGCCAGCAGCGGAGGCAACAGCGCCACUGGCGCACCCGCGCCGCUCAACAAUCCGCUUCCGCCACGCCCUCCAGCCGCUCCGCAGGGCGAAGGCUCAGCCACGACGCAGCAGACCGUGCCAUCAGGCUCUGUCGCCGCGGUGCCGGGCUCGCCGCAUUCGUCGCAGAGCCAUCCGCGCGGCGUCUACCGUCCGCUGUACCACCCGCAGCAGGGCCCUCGCUCAGAGCACGUCCUCUGGGUCGGUAACGUCCCCAGUGACGCCACCGUCGAGGAGUUGUGGAACGUCUUCGCGCAGCUGCCGCCGGACGACGCCGAGCCCGAGCACGCAAAAGCAGGGGCGGCUGCCGAGGAGGGCCCUGACGAUGCUGGUGGCGACACCGGCAGCGUCAGUGCGCGAACAGACGACGAGAGCGACCACGGCGUGCUCUCCAUCUUCGUCAUUUCACGCUCCAACUGCGCCUUUGUGAACUACGCCUCGCCGCGCCAUCUCGAGCGCGCGGUCAAGUUCUUCCAUGACAAGCCGGUGCGGCCGGAGGACACGCGCUGUCCGAAGAUGGUGUGCCGCGUGCGCAAGAAGGAGGACGAGUCGCAGGCUGGCGUGCAGGGACAGCGCGGACGCGGCAUCCACGUUGCCUUGGUCAAGGAGCACGAGCGCAAGCGGCGCGAGGCGGCCAGGGCGCAGAAGGCCGACAGCGGUGGCUCCAGCGGUUCCGCGGGGCAUGCCACGCGGCAGCCCAGCGACGCUCGCUCGAAGGGCAGCGUCAGCUCGCAGUCUCCCAGGCGCUCCGGAUCGGAUGAGACGGCUCGAGCAUCUCCUUCCACUCCGUCCGUUGAGCCUGCCGCACCGAAGCCCGUCGCAAGCCCGGCCAGCAUGCUCUCUCUUAGCCUGAGCCCCACUGCCACGACCGGCAGCAGCGGCGAUCGUCCACCGCUGGCCCACGACAGCUCUGGCUCCAUCUCGAUUGCCUCGACGAGCUCCUCGCUGCUUCGACACCCAGUCUUCCGCGAGCGCUUCUUCAUCCUUAAGAGUCUGCGCGCCGAGGACCUGGAUCGGUCCGUGCAGACCGGCCUAUGGGCUACGCAGCCGCAUAACGAGGCAGUGCUCGAUCAGGCGUACCGCAACAGCGAGACGGUGUUCCUGGUCUUCAGUGCCAACCAGAGCGGCUGCUUCUACGGCUACGCGCGCAUGACAAGCCUCAUCCGCACGCAGACGACGCCCAGCAGCAGCACACAGGCGAAGCGCGACAGCAACGGCAGCAAUGGCAGCAACGGCACGCCAAAGUCGCCGAAGAGCAUCGUGCAGAGUCCCUCUCCUGCCCAGUCGCCGUCGUCGCCGGCGGGGUACUCGUCGCAGAAACGGCCAAGCGUCACCGUCACGAAGCCGUCGACCAUCGACGAGGGCGACGAGAGCAGCUCUACGUCCACGCGCAGCACAUCACGCUCGCUGACGCCGGAGCAGGCGCUCGAGCACCUGGCCAAGCACGGCGCCACGACCUCGUACAUGCUCUCGCCCGCCGAGCGAGACCGCGAUCCGAUGGCUUCGCCGCAGCCGAUGACGCCGCUGGACGAGGACAGGCAGUUCCCAAGCGCGACCACCUCGCCCGACGACCGCGAGGUCUUCGCAGCUACGUGGCCGCCGUCGGAGCGCCAGUGCCAGGAGGCUGACCAGGAGCAGCAGCACCGCAACACGCUCUCGCCGCGUCUGCUGCGGGCUGCCACCGCCGCGGAGAUGGGCGCUCCGCCCGGCACCCCUACGCGUAGCAACAGCAGCCUUUCUUCGCGCUCGAGCCUGGCGCCCAUCGUCAGCGGCGCCAGUGAGAUCAGCGACCAGGAGCUUGCUUCUGCACGGCCGCCUUCGCCAAGCAGUUCGCCCCGGCGACCGUCUGUCGCGCACGCGGAUGCCGAUGGCAUCAAGCGGCUUGACAUGGCGCACCCUGUCGGUACGCCGACUGGCGUCGUCAUGUCCGCGUCGCUCGGGCCCAACGACUCUGUCUCGGUCUCUCAUGCUCAGCGUGCCGACCAGAUCUCCCUCCGCGCCGUCAUACACAACCUGCGCCUGGAGGAGCGCGAGUCGCAGCGCAAGGCUGCCGAGCUCGAGGCUCAUCUCAACGGCCUUUCAGUCGUCUCCGGCGACGGCUCGUCUGGCGUAUACGAGCCUUCGCGCAAGCCGAGCUCCGAGCCGCGCACGCAGGGCUCUGGCGAGACGGACAACACCACGGCGUCUGUCGACACGCCGCGCGCUGCCUCCUCUGACUCGUGGGGCCAGCCGUUCCGGAUCGAGUGGCUCGAAACACGCCCGCUGCCGUUCCAGAACGUGCGCCGCCUGCGCAAUCCCUGGCGCGACAAUCGCCAGGUCAAGGUGUCUCGCGACGGCACCGAGCUGGAGCCAAGUGUCGGCCGCCAGCUGCUCGAGGAGUGGAGCAAAAUCGGCACGGACGAGGCCAACGCGGCGGCCCGCGCGCCGCGCCAGAACUCAGACGACACCGACGAUGGCGAGGAGGAUGCGCCGCCGCCUCGUCGACGAGGCUCCAGGCAAUCUGGUGGCGCCCGCUCCUGAUCUCCCCGACUCACCGAAAUGCAAGACGCUGCUGCGGUCGCGCAGCGUCAUCUGCAGGAGGACGCGUCCUCUCUGCACCUUCUUCUUCGUCUUUCCGAAUACUUCUACUGCUACUUUGCCCGAUCCGUCUCCUCUGCAAGUCCCGUCGUCGAUCUCAGCGAGGUCGGCUUGGCGCACGGUCGCGCAGCCCUGCUGGGCGCGACCGCCACAUACACAUAUUCGUCAUCGCCCCCGCUGCAGCCAUACGCUCCAUACGUC